AUUUGGCUGUCAUUGUCAAAUAUCGUAAACAUCCAUUGACAAUUUCGUUUGAAGAAAAAUAUCAACAAUUUGCUGUUUAAAUAGUAUGAAGUGAUUACUACGCAAAGUUAAUUGAGUAAUUAAAAAUGAGUAACAUUUAUAUUCAAGAGCCGCCAGCUUUGGGAAAGGUCCUGUUGAAAACAUCAGCAGGCGAUAUAGAUAUUGAAUUAUGGACAAGGGAGGCUCCAAAAGCAUGUCGUAACUUUAUACAGCUCUGCAUGGAAGGUUAUUACAAUGGCACAAUAUUUCAUAGAGUGGUCCCCGGUUUUAUUGUUCAGGGAGGUGAUCCAAGUGGAGAUGGCACCGGAGGAGAGUCUGUAUAUGGUGCCACAUUUAAAGAUGAGUUUCACUCUCGUCUGCGGUUUAACAGAAGAGGUCUUGUCGCAAUGGCCAAUGCAGGCAAAGACGAUAAUGGUUCACAGUUUUUCUUCACAUUAGGCCCUACGCCUGAACUGCAAAAUAAACACACAAUAUUCGGAAAAGUUACAGGUGACACAAUAUACAAUGUGCUUAAAUUAUCCGAGGGUCUAAUCGGCCCAGAUGACAGACCAGAGCAUCCUCAGACAAUCCGAAGCACCGAAGUACUUAUAAAUCCUUUCGACGACAUCGUUCCUAGAGUGCAAGAGAAGAUAGACACAGAUGACAAGCCUAAGAAGAAAAAGAAGGAGGUACAGGGGAUAAAGAACUUUGGACUACUCUCGUUCGGAGAAGAAGCGGAAGAAGACGAAGGCGAAGCCCAGGAGUUCAGAGGCAAACCCAAAUCCACGCACGACCUUCUUGAAGAUCCUAAGUUGAGCAAAAAGACUGCUGCUGAAUUAGAACUAGAGAAAGAAGGAGAAGAAGAGUCGCCCAAAGAAACAGAAGAAAGAAAGAUGGCUACAGAAGCUACCGUCAGUAAUAUAAGGGAUAAGCUCAAAAAAAGGGAGAAAUCACCAGAAAAGCGCGAGGAUAGUGUAGAAAGGGAUGACGAUAGUAAGAGAAGAAAAGAGAGUGACUCAGAAGAAGAAUAUUACUUAGGAAAAGAUAAGGAUAUGGAAAGGCUAAAAGAAAGAGAUCGAAUAAGGAAAGAAAUAAAACAGUUAAGGAAAGAAAUGAAAGGCACGAAAAACGAGGAGAUCGUAGAAGAGAAGACAGAAGAAAAGAAAGAAAAGAGUUUGGAGGCAGACAACGAAAUGUACAAACAGUUUGUUGAAGAGCAAGAGAAGUAUAAGAAGAUAAAGGAGAAAAUACCUAAGAAAGGAGCCGCUAGAAGCAGACGAACGAAAUUCACAAAGCCACCGAUAAGAAAGAAAGCGUGGGCCAAGAAUUUGUACGAAAAUCGUGACUAUCCGGAUAACUAUACGGAUUCCAAGUUCCUCGAAGAUUUAAAAAAGAAUUUGUACGUUGAAAAAGUGACCUUAAAAGAAGCCGUGCAUGGAUCGUUUCGAGUCGUCCAGCGUUUGUGUAUAUGUGUGAUUUACGCCAUAUUGUUUAUCUAUAUGCACAAUAAUUGGAUACACACUCACACAGUGAUUAGUUUAACAAUAUCUGUCGCGGUUGUGUGCUACAUUAUGUAUUUUUAUAUUGAAGGCGGUGAUUUGUUAGUUCAUUUUAAAAUAGUUCUUAUCUACUUAGUUAUAGGGUAUAUUUUGUCACCUAUUUUACACACUUUGACAGAUACGGUCAGCACAGAUACAAUAUAUGCUUGGUCUGUGAUAAUGAUGUUAGUGCAUCUUAUGUUUUUCGAUUAUAACGUUCCGGCUGCAUUCGUAUCGAAAACGUUAUCGAUAAACGCAGCGAUAUUUUCUUCCGUAUGCCUCGUUUCUCGUUUGUCGACGCCGUUCGAUGCAUUUGUUCUACUAACUAUAUCCGUUAAGCUAUUUGUGUUGAGUCCGCAAUUGUUUAAAUCGAUAUCUAAUUCGUAUCUAUUCAUAACGUUAUUCAGUAUAACGUUAUUGGUAACGGUUAUUUCUUUGUAUACUGUUUCGGGUGUACUGUUGUUUUAUUUUAUGGUUUUAGUUUUUUUUCUGAGUGGUUACUGCCCCGUUAUGUUCGUAAGAUGGCAGAAGUAUAAAGAUAACAUCUAUGGACCGUGGGAUGAGGCGAUACUUAAUAAUUCAGAUGAAUUUGACGAUUUCCCAUAGUAAAGUCUCCUCUCACAAAUAAAGAGAUUGCUUUGAUAUUUAAACCGUUCUUAAACAUUGCAAUUGGUGCCAGUAAACAUGUAAAUGUAGGUGCCAUUUAUCAUUGCAAAAAGUAUUUGAGCCUGGCUGUACUUCACCAAAAAUUAUGUGUGAUAAAUCUAUUUAAGAAAAUAUUAAUAAAAUGGUAGUGUUUGUCGGAGUUUUCGAAAUAACUGAAUUUUAUAGUGGAGCGCCGUAAGAUUUAUACCUCGGAAUCCAGGGCCACAUUUUUGAAAUC